CUUCUUGUAUGUAUGUGCGUGUGGUAAUGUGUCCGAUAUAACCUUAAUAUAUAAAAUUGAAUCACAUUAUGUGUGACUUGUGAAUAUAUAUAUAUCAAAACAUUAUUUUUAAGUUCCAUUUUCGAAAAUUUUCUAAUUAUCUCCUCGCCUAUUACGAUAUGGCGAUUCUACAAAUUCUAAAACGACCGGACUUAAAACGAUUUUUUGGAGUCAAACAUUUGAGUAACAAAUCAAAAUUUGGCCUUCUCUUUGACAUUGAUGGCGUGAUUGUUCGAGGAAAAAAUGUCCUGCCACCAGUUCGUGAAUCCUUUAGUCGUCUCAAAGGUCCCGAUGGGAAAUUUCGUGUACCCACUGUUUUUGUGACAAACAGCGGUAAUGCCUUACGCAGUGAAAAGGCAGCCGAUUUAACAAAAUGGACUGGAAUCGAAGUGUCCGAGGAUCAAGUGAUAAUGGCACAUUCACCAUUACAAAUGUUUCAUCAGUUUCGUGAUAAACAAGUUUUAAUAUCGGGACAGGGAAAAAUUCGUGAAAUUGCUAAAGAAUUAGGUUUCAUGAAAACAGUAACAAUAGAUGAAUUAGUGAGAAAUUAUCCAAAUUUAGAUUAUGUAAAUAAAGAUAAACGUGUGGCAACAAGUGGUCCUAUUGAUUCAAAUUUUCCAACGAUAGAAGGCCUACUUCUUCUUAGCGAGCCAAUAACAUGGGAAACACCAUUGCAAUUAAUGGUUGAUCUUUUAAUGACAAAUGGAAAACCAGCAUCAAUGCCACCGGCAAUUCCAUAUCCACAUAUUCCCGUAUUGGCGUGUAAUAUGGAUUUAUUGUGGGUUUCUGAAGCGCCAAUUCCACGUUAUGGACAUGGAGCAUUUUUGCUAUGUUUGGAAAAUUUAUAUAAAAAAGUCACGGGAAAAGAUAUGGUUUACACAGCACUCGUUGGAAAGCCUAGUGAAAUAACUUAUUAUCAUGCAAAUCAUAAAAUUCUCGAUCAUGCAGAGACAAUUGGAAUUAGACAUAAUGUAGAUACUAUUUAUGCCAUAGGUGACAAUAUUAACACAGACGUAUUCGGUGCUAAUUUAUAUGACAAGUAUUUGGCGCGCUAUACAAAAGGAAAAGGAACGAAAACACGAACUCUCGAAAGCCUAUUAGGAAAAAAUAUCACGGGACCUAGUGCAAAGGCUUGCAUCAGUAUUUUAGUUGAAACUGGAGUUCAUAAACGAGAUUCCGAUUUCAUAAUUGAUCAUUGUCCGAGGGAUUUUUUGCCAGUUGAGGAAGGUUUGUGUAAACCAGCUUUUAUCGUAAACGACGUAGGCUGUGCAAUAGAUUUAGCUUUCAAAGAAGAAAAUUUUAAAUAAGGCCUAAAUUCGUAUAGCAUAGAGUACUAUUUUUAAUUUUUUUUUUUUGUUCUUCUUCAGCAAGAUAUAAUAAUAUGUGAUAAAAGAAAAGAAAAAGAAGAUGUAAAAUUCAUUUAUUGAAUUUGAAAAUCAAAAAAUCUUCUUUACUUUUUCAAGACUCUUAUCUUUUUUUUAAUUAUAGAUUAAAAUUCUUCGCUUUUUGAAAAUGAAAAUUAAUUUUUCAGUAAAAAUAGAAUUCAGAAAUUUUUUUUACAGCAAUAUUAAAGACUUAUUUAAAAGAAGUAUAUUUAAAAAACUAAUUUAAUAUAGUUUUCAAUUUUAAACAAAAUUUUUAAAUUAUGAAUUUUAAAUAAAAUAUUUUGACGAAAGAUAUUGCCAGAUAAUUUUCUAAAAAUAAUUUUGAAAUUAAAGUUUUUAACAAUUAAAUAGAUAGUAAAAAUUUUUUAAGAUUAUAAUUAAUCGAUUGAAAUUGUAAUUGUCAAUAUUGAAAAAGAAAAUUUCUGGCAAAUUCGUUAAUAAAUAUCUAGUCCAUAUAGCUACAAUACUGCAAUAAAAUAAAUCGCAAAAAAGUGAUAAAAGUCAUGACAUAGAAAACUUUUCGAUUUUUUUUUUUUAAUCAAUACUGUGAAAUAGUCGACACGUACAUUUUUGUUAAUGUUUACAACCAGAGUAUCUUUAUUUUUGUAUUAGUUUAUUUUUUAUUAGACAAUUUGCUUGCAAUUUUAAUGAAAAUAAUGUUAAUAUUAUUUCAAUCAUAAUUAUUAUAUCUAUUGUAAUAGAUUUUUUUAAGAAAUUUUAUGUAAAAGCGUACAAAAAUUAAAAAUAGGACAUAAAUUGUUUAUAAAUAGAAAAAAAAACGAGAAUAAUAUAAUAAUUCUAUGUGGCUAAUCCGUAGAAUUUUAGAAAUAUUUUUAAAUACAUUUUUGUGUUUAAAGUGCACGUGACUUUUACAAAGUUUCGGAUAUAAUUUUUUUUUUUUUGUAAAGAAACUAUUAGCACUCGAAAUAAUGAGG